GACGUGCGGCCGUCGACUCCAUGACGCGUCUGGGAUCCGGUUCGCUUUCCUCCAGUCUUUCUCGAGUCGCCUGCGGGAACGCUGACUCUAUCGCUCGGUUCCUUCGCUUCGACGAAAAAGCAGCUGAUCGCUCGAGAUGGCCGGGAUCGCGAGGAAGUUCGUCCUCCUCGUGUGGAAGAACCUGUUCCUGCGGUGGAGGCAUCCGGUGCUGACCGGCAUGGAGGUCGUCAUCCCGAUCCUCCUCUUCGUCGGUCUGUUCUUCCUGACGCGCGAACCGAGGUCGGAUGGCUGGACUGAGACGUUCCCGGACGAGAUCUACCAGGCGAAGGACGAGCGAGAACUUCUUUCCUGGUGGUAUGGGUCGGGGCCGCUCCUCUUCGCCUUGAACGAAACGGAGGUGGCGAGGAACGUCACUAAAUUGCUACGGGAAACCCUUGGGUCGAGCAAGAUCCGGACCUUCCGGACGGAGGAGGACCUCCUGGCGUUCUUGAAACUGAGUCAGCUGCAAUCAGGGACGAUGAUGCAGAUGGAUGUCAGAGGCGCGGUCGUGUUCCUCGGGGACGACGAGAAAAACUUGCGCUAUAAAAUCCGGACGCAGGGAUACUUUGACACCUCCUCGCUCUUCUCCCCUUAUUCGUAUUACGGAUACGGCUCUAACGAUUUCCAAUAUUUGAACUAUUUCAUCCCCAUCGAGCUGCUCGUGAACAGUGCCUGGAUCAGAGCCAAGAAGAGUUGGGGUCCAGCUCAUUUGAAUCUUUCCGAACCGAUCUUCAGGGAGGCUCUGGUAUGA